CUGGCAUUGCCUUUGGACGAGCUAAAUCGCCACUUAUCGGAUAAUCGAACAAAACCUGCAGAUAAUCCUGAAGGAGAGCAGUUGAAGAAGAUGCUCAAUAAAGUGAAUGAAAUGAGUGAGCAACGACGAAACUUGCUGCAGAAACUGAGUGAUGAGCUGCGAGACGAUGAUAUCACGGCGAAAUGCCUUGCCGAAAAAAAUGAGGAUAAUCAGGUUGCAUUAGUUUUUUUUUUUUUGCUGAAUAAUUCUGGUAUUUUUGAAGAUUGCUGGAUUACCACAUAA